AUAUAUGAAUGAUUAGUAUGUAAGUAGACUUGUUUUCUUCUGUUUGGACCAAACCGGAACAAGCGAUUAGUGGCCAAUCUUCCCGCGUCUUUCACACACUUCAAUCUCGCCGGCGGCGGAAACUCUCGCUUCCCUCCCUCCCUCCGUCAAUCUAGAUCUCCUCUCCGGAUUUCAACGUUCGUAGAUUCUAAACUUCUGCUUUCUUCAGACAUUGAAGUCGGGAGAAGCUUGAAUUGCUGUAAUUUUGAGAUCUGGAGUAGUGAAUUAUGAGCAGCAGCUCCAGAGAGGGAUCUCCCGAUUGGCUUCGAUCUUUCCAGGCACCCACCACUUCAUUGUUAUCACUAUCUUCUCCAGAUGAUAGUCCUCCCAGGGAAUCUGAACCCAUUUCGUCUCUUCCUGUGCCUGAUGACGGUGAUGCCGUGACUAUUGUGGACAAAGAGUCCGCUGAGUCUUUGUCUAAGAAUGAUUCCAAAGCGAAGUUGGUGACAAACCAAGUGAGUAUCGAGCAGGUGUUUUCUAGGAGGAAGAAGAAGAAUGCAGAUGCUACUGUCAACCUUGAAGAGAAGGAGAAUGGAAGCAAAGUUGAUGGUGAAGAAUGGUCUAGCAAGCAUAAGGACGCUAAAGAAGGAGAUGAUUAUGUAUGGCUUGUCUCAUCUGAUUCUGAACCACCCUCUAGUGAACCAAUGAGUCAGCAAGUGACUAUGGCUACUGAAAAGGAUGAGGAUAAUGCUAUUCAAGCUAAAGAGGGAGAACCUGCGGUUAAGAAGGCUCCAAAGAAAAAAUCUCCCAAGAAAAAGGCAAAUAGUGGCCACCAGUCACCCAAGAAAGAAGACAGUGCACAAGAAAUUUUGAAAACUGAAGAUAAAGAUAAAGAUGCCACAGUAGCUGAGGAAGUAACAAAGGAUAAGAAUGUCAAGCCUUCUUCUGGCUCAAGUUCAAGGUUGCCUUUGGUACUUUCUGAGAAGGUGAAUCGCACAAAGGUACUGGUUGAAUGUGAAGGGGACUCUAUAGAUUUGAGCGGAGACAUGGGGGCUGUUGGGCGUGUGGUUGUUUCAGACACAACCGAGGACGUAUACUUGGACUUGAAAGGAACCAUAUAUAAAUCAACAAUCGUUCCAUCCAGAACGUUUUGCAUUGUUAAUGUUGGCCAGUCAGAGGCAAAGAUUGAAGCUAUUAUGAAUGACUUCAUACAGCUAACACCACAAUCUAAUGUCUAUGAAGCAGAAACAAUGAUGGAAGGCACUCUGGAGGGAUUCUCGUUCGAGUCAGAUGAUGAAUCUAACAAAAACGGCAAGACUGCUUCAAAGCCAGCUGAUCAAACUGGAGGUGCAGCGGAGGUAACCAACGCAAAUGGCAAAGCUAAAGCGAAAGGCGAAAAUGUUGCAGGGAAAAAGAGAGGAAGGCCAUCUAAAGAGAAGCAGCAACCAGCAAAGAAGGCUAGAAGCUCUGCUCCUAAGAAAACAAAACCCAAGAAAUGAGUUAUGCAUUUUGAUUUCUCCCUUUAUUUACUUUUUAAAAACUUGUAAUUUUCUUUAUUCAAGUUGAGACAAUACUAUAUACAUGAAAUAGACAAGUUUUACAUGUAUGAGUUGUGAAUCCAAUUCAAGGUAAUAAAAAGGACUUUGAUCAA